AUGCCCUCUAUGGCACCUGGGCUUCCCGAACCCCAUGUGCUAAAUCAGAUAAUCAUCUCACCGUCGGAUACCGAUUAUCUUGACCAACUCAUCCCCUCCAUUCGCGACUAUAGUGUGGGAAAUCGUACCCCCCAGCUGCUCCAAUCCCUGUCCAGGUUUGCAAGUGACAAGGAGGCUGAGAUUGAAAGUAUCUGCAACACCAACCACCAAGAAUUUGUAUCAUCGGUGAACUCCUUGCUUCGGAUCCGGGAAGGCACCGUGUCCUUGACAGCAGAAAUCUUGGAUCUCAACCAAUCUAUUCAAACAAGCACAGAGCGUCUUGCGGAGCAAAAGAAGGCUUUGGUUGAAUCAAGAGGCCAUAGACAGAAUAUUGACGAGACUUCGCGCGCGAUUCAGGACUGCUUAGAAGUACUUCGUCUCGCGAAUCAGGUUCAUGACCUGCUUGCCAAGAAAAAUCAUUAUGCGGCGCUGCGGGCGCUCGAGGAGCUCCAGGAUGUUCAUUUGAAAGGAGUAACGCAGUAUAAAAUUGCGUUUAUGAUCCAAGGCUCAGUGCCUGCUACUCAGCGUGCUAUCGCCGAAGCGGUGAUGUCAGACCUAAAUACCUGGCUUUAUCGCAUUCGUGAGAUGUCUCAGUACCUGGGCGAGAUAGCACUCUUUCAUACCGACCAGCGAAAGUCCAGACUCAAAGAAAGGGCGGCGAAGAUCCCCUACCUCGAAAACUUCAAUCUCAACUCUGCAAUCGAGCUGGUGGCGGAUGAAGACGAAGAGUAUGACCUUCUGGAGAACGAGGACCUGCAAGUCGAGUUUACCCCCUUGUUUGAAUGUCUGCAUAUUCACCAAUCACUUGGUCAAAUGGACAAGUUCCGCAUUGAGUACGCCAACACCCGCCGGCGGCAAAAGGAUUUGUUAAUACCACUUAGUAUCACACUUAUUGAUGAGGAUGGUGCGAGCCUCCAUAACCUUCUCGAGGAGAUGGCUGGCUUUGCUAUAGUCGAGCGUGCCACCAUGAAACGAGUCCCUGAUCUCCGAUCAUCGGUUGAUAUUGACGAACUGUGGGACUCGAUGUGUCAGGCAGCAGUGGGUGUCAUAGCAAAAGCUCUUCAUGAAGUCGAUAAUGCGGAAAGCAUUCUGAAGAUCAAAAACCUGAUUGCAUUAUUCAUGCAAACCAUGAACACGUGGAACUUCCCUGUUCGGGUCUUUGAUGAAUUCCUUCUGAAGCUAUUUGAAAAAUAUGCAGAGCUUUUGAAGAGGCGAUUCAGUGAUGACUUUCAAGAGAUCGUGUCUACUGAUGACUACAUGCCUAUGCCGAUUCAAACCUUGGAAGAAUAUGACAAGGUACUCAAUGUGAGCUGGUAUACUCCGGACAAACCUCGUGAAGAACAAACUUUCCCCUGCAUCCUACCUUUUUCGAGGAUGUAUCCACUAUGCUGCAUUGAUAUCCGCAAUUUCUUGAAUCAGUUUUAUUUCUUUGCGAAUGAUGAAUUUGCGCACCCUAGUGUCAUUGAUGAGACACUAAAGGAAGCUUUGGAUGAUCUCCUAUCACGGAAGGUGUGCGACACUUUGGUGGAACGUCUGUCCUCGCAGUACCUUGGUCAAAUUGUGCAGAUUCUCAUCAACUUGGAACAUUUUGAAUCUGCCUGUCGAGAACUCGAGGUGCUCUUGGCCGCCGCAAGGUCCCAGAAUUCCACUGGCACGUCUAUCGUUUUAAGGGCCACUGAAAAGUUCCGCAAUAAUAAAAAAGCAGCUGAAAAACGCAUAUUUGAGGUCGUCAAUUCCAAAAUCGACGACCUCAUUAAGACAGCGGAAUAUGAAUGGAUGUCACUCACUCCCCUUCGGAACCAAACAUUGACUCGCUUCCUCUCAAAUAUCAUGAACUCGACUCUUCUAGGGCUGCCGACGGAGAUCAAAGAGCUAAUUUACUUUGAUGCCCUUAGCCAUGCGGCUAACAUGAUCCUGGCCCAACCGCUUGCGCCGGAGGUCAGACACAUCAAUCCAAACGGCGUGUCGGCACUAGCACAAGAUGUGGAAUAUCUGGCUCAAUUUGUGGACAGUCUAAACGUUCCCAUAUUACGGGAAAACCUCGAUGAACUCCAGCAAACCGUACAAUUGAUGCAAGCAGAGAACGCCGAUGAGUUCUAUGAUAUCUCGACCAGGAAUAAGAAAUAUGGACGUGUUGAUGCUAUGCAAGGACCUGUGCUACUAGAAAAGUACGCUCAAUAUUCCGGUUUCUAUCACUAA